UUUUAUUUUUUUGGCGCAAGGCUCAGCCUUAUCUUUUCUUCCAACUUGAUACGUCUAGGAAUGGGUUCGAGUGUCUCAAAAAACAAAAUCACUUCACGAGACAGAGCCAUUCUUGAUCUCAAACUUCAAAGAGACAAAUUAAAAAAAUAUCAAAAGGGUAUAAAUGCAGUGCUUGAAAAAGAAGUGCAAGUGGCACGAACCGCUCUAAGCCAAGGCAACAAAAAGAAGGCGCUUUUGGCUUUAAAAAAGAAAAAGUACCAGGAACAACUUUUAGAAAAGACAGAUCAGCAGUUGGUGAAUCUCGAGGAACUGACACAAUCGAUCGAAUAUGCAGUUGUUGAAAAACAAGUCCUGGAUGGCCUCAAAAACGGCAAUUCUGUGCUUAAGGAAAUACACAAGGAGAUGUCGCUGGAGGCUGUAGAGCGUUUAAUGGAUGAUACUGCAGAUGCGAUCGCUUAUCAAAACGAAAUCGAUGAGAUGCUGAGCGGUCAGAUCACGAGUGAAGAUGAGGAAGAAAUCUUACAAGAGCUCGAGAGUUUGCAGCAACAAGAGCUUGAAGCACAGUUACCUGAAAUACCUGAUAAGCCGAUACCCGGUACUGAGCGUAAAGAAGAGGACAAUUUACCAAAAGUUCCAACACACACCCCGAAAGAACAAGAAAAAGUCAAGCAAAAAUCCGGCGAGGCAAUGCUGGCAUAACUAUGACGCGGAGAAGAGGGAAUUUUUUUAUUUUACAUGAUAUCGGUACAGUAGUUUUUGUAAAGGAAAAUACGGGAAUCAAGUAAUAAACACUACAACGAAGUGCUACAGUGAAAUGAAGCAACCGAGCUGUUAUCGCUUGUUGCCAAACGUACGAUCAAGACAGACUGCUGUCAACCUCAAUAAGUUUUCUACUACAUAU